AUGGCAAGCAAAUGUAAACAUAACUUGUGUACAUUUAAAGAAAAACUGGAAGUGUUAAAAAGACUUGACAAAGGUGAAAGUGCCACUCAGUUAUCAAAGGAAUUUGGUGUCGGGAAAGCAACAAUUUCCGAUUGGAAAAAAAUUGAGCAGUUUUGCAUUACCACAAGUGAAAAAACGAUUGAAAAAUGUAGCAAGACGACAGUGUCUUCUUACGAAAAAUUGGACGAAGCACUUUUCUUAUGGUUUACACAAGAAAGACAGAAAGGAAUCCCUAUCACUGGCCCUCUAAUUCAAGAAAAGGCGCUUCAAUUGAACAAGCUCAUGGACGGUGACGUAUCAUUUACGGCUAGUUGUGGUUUCUUAGACCGAUGGAAGAAAAGACAUGGAAUCAGGCAGCUUACAAUAACUGGAGAGAAAUUGUCAGUGGACAACAAAGCAGCUGUUGAAUACCUUGAGAAGUUCAAAUGCAUCAUUUCUUCCUACUCGCCCCAGCAAGUUUACAACACAGAUGAGACAGGACUUAACUUUAAAGCAUUGCCUACCAAAAGUCUUGCAUCACAAGAGGAACGAUCUACACCAGGGUUUAAAAUGGAUAAACAGCGCCUAACUGUGUUGGCGUGCAGCAAUGCUUCUGCCACAAAUAAGCUUCCACUGAUGAUUAUCGGCAAAUCGGCAAAACCACGCUGUUUUAAGAACAUGAACAUGAACUCUCUCCCUGUUUUUUACAGAAAUCAAAAGAAAGCUUGGAUGGAUCGUGCCUUGUUCCAAGAAUGGUUUGACAAGCAAUUUGUGCCAAAAGUAAAGGCGUUUAACAAAGAAAAUGGAUUGCCUCCUCGUGCUUUGUUACUUAUAGACAAUGCUCCGUCACAUCCAGAAGAAAUGCAGAUUGUUUGCGAUGAUAUCAAGGCUAUUUUUCUCCAACCAAAUGUCACAUCAAUUUUGCAGCCAAUGGACCAAGGGGUUUUGCAGGCUUUGAAACAGAAUUAUAGAAAAAUGCUUCUUCGUAGCCUACUUGAAGAUAAUGAAGAGCUAACAAUUUUGGAUAAACUCAAGAAAAUGAACAUCAAAGAUGUUAUUUACUGGGUUGCUGAAGCUUGGGAAAACACACGCAAGGAAUCCUUACAGAAGUCUUGGAAAAAUCUCUGGCCUGAGCUAGAGUUUGUCCAAACAGUUUUCCCCCCGACAAAAGAAAAUUUGCGAACUUCUUCAAUUGGUGAAAAGAAUGCCAGGUUGUGA